UAGGGCAAAUUUUCAUUUUUCCCAAGAAAUAAUUAUCUAUUCAAGAAUUUAUUUUUUGUCCCCCAGAGUAGUAGGUACUUUAAUCUUGUAGCCCUCAAUCUCGAGAACAGGAAGAAACAGUCGCAAGGGGGCAAAUCUGGAGGAUAUUGUGGCCGACGCAAGAACAACUUGAAAUUUUUACAAAAGAUGGAGUAUUGAAGAUCACUACAGGAACCAAAUUCCUAGGAUAUAUUCCAGAUGAGAAGUUAUAUUGGAGGAUGCAUAUAGCAGCGAUGAAUGGAAAGCUAUCUAGGCCAUAUAUGCAAUACAAACUAUAAAAAAAUGAAGUGGGUUCCAAUAUAGCAAAGACUGUAUUGUAUAUACCAGUUAUCUCCAGAGUAUAAUUUCUUGAGGUGUCGAAUUUUGGAGAGAUUCUGUAUAGGUACAGCAACUCGGCAUUCAUUUUUCAAAAGGGAGCUAUUUGUGCUCUUUUGGGACCCCGAAGCUCAGAUUCAUGUGAAGAACAUUUCCUUGAGUUGAAAAUAUUUACACUGGCUAAUAUGCACAUGUUAUAGUCACUCUUUUGAAUAUGACUUUUUGAAAAACACUUUAUUUUCAAAUACAAACUUUACUUGAACAAAUAAUGGGAAAUAUCGUAACAAAGACAAAUACAAAACUAUAACGAAUACGGAUCAGACUCUAAAUCAGUACUGGACACUCAUUUGGCGUCUCAGGCUCCAUUUAUAAUGUGUAGACAACGGUGUCAACAGUAGACGAUGGGAAAUAACAAAGGUAUUGAGUUCUGCUGACUCUGCUGGCUUAAAAUUUUAUUUUUAUAGAUAAUGUAUAGAAAAAAAUACGCGACGUGAGACUUGAGAGGGAGGUUUGUAUAGAAUUUUCAACGGUUCCUAAUUAUUUUGCUUUAUUGCAAUUUUUGCAUAGAUCUUUAACUGAGGACAUGUGGGUGGAAUGAGUUUAUCCAUUAUAAACAAUCAAACAAUAUUUUUCUCUUCAAUAUAUCAGUUUAGACAAUUCAUAGUUGAAAUUAACUUCAUAUUAUACAGAUAUCUCUCAUAUCCAUUCUGGAAAUGUUUCAAAAACAAAUCAAGUCAAGAAAUUAUGCAUGCACUUCUGUGACAAAAAUAUACUCAUAAAAUGGCAACCUUGAGAACCUGAUAGUUGCACAGAAACGUUAAUAUAUGGUACUGCAUUUCCAACAUUCAUUUCAAUUUUGAUUUAGUUGUCUAGUAGUGAUAUCAGCCAACAAAAAGAAACAACAGAAUCUCCCAAUCUCGAAAAAUGGAUAGAAAUCUUAAUGAUAUAGUUGGGGUGGUUUACUUUCCAAGUGGGGAAGCAGAAGAGACAGUACAGCUCAAACCAAAAGACAAGCAGAAUAAAAGCGAUACUUUGUUUUUAUAUUUUUCAGUCAUUACUGCUGAUAUUCUGAUAUUUGUGAAAGGCUGCUCCAUUGUCUGGACUUCUCCGGUAAUCCCUCAGCUCAUGUCAAACAACUCGGAUGUCAACCCUUUGAACGAACCAAUAACCACCGCAGAGAUUUCUCUGCUAGCAGGACUGACCGCACUUUCCUUAGUACUAGGUACCUUAUUAUUCGGGAAACUACCAGACACCCUUGGAAGAAAGAAUACCUUACUGAGCAUAUCGAUGAUGAUUCUCAUAACAAAUCUAGUGAUGGUCUUCUUUGGAAUCCACGUAUACGUCUACAUCAUUUGCCGGUCCAUCCAGCAAUUGGGAUACGGGUUGCUGCUAGCGAACCUACCCAUCUAUGUAAAUGAAAUUACUGAAGACCACAACAGAGCAAAGUACGGGUGCCUGACGAUGUUCUUCCUGCCCUUGGGAAAUCUAUACGGUUACCUUGUGGGUCCUCUAACAAGCGUGAAAUGGUUCACUUUCCUGAAUGCUGCGCCUUUGAUACCACAGAUGAUACUCUUCCACUUACUAGUCCCAGAGUCCCCCAUUCACACAGCUGCUAAGGGUGACAGAGUAACAACUAUAAGAACUUUGAAGAAACUGAGGGGCAACAAAAGUGAAGAGGAAAUCCUCCAGGACUACGUGAAGAUUCAGGAAAGUUUGAAGUCUGGAAGUAGAGAUUCUAGUGUGGGUGG